UUUUCCUCGUUUCCGGCCACCGGCAGUCGCUAGAGGCCGCGCGCCGAAUGAGGCACCACACAACUGAAACCAUCGGCCAAUGGCUCUAGUAGGACAUCAUGCUCACCAUCUCCCAACCGCAGCCAUAAGCGAACUCUAUCGUGAUGGAAGUCAUGCCAAUCCUGGUUCAUUGAUCACCUGAUUAAACCGCUGCAAAGCAGACCGAGCUGUACUUCUGCGAACUCUCGCUUGGUCGCAUACACGCCAUUCAAAUCCCUGACGAGAGCAUCUUCGACAGCACUUUCCGUCUUCCGACCUUCCGGCAUACAACUUGUCUCAGAUCUAUCGUCUGAUAAAUUAGUCUUGAUAUGGCAGCUCUUAGAAGCUUUCCUCCAUCAGCGGCCAAAUCGGAAGUCAGCUCGGUCCCUUUCCUCGGUGCCCGUGCGCUCUUCAGCUUAAACGGAAAGGUAGCCCUUGUCACCGGGGGCGGCACGGGGAUCGGCUCCUUUCUUGCCAAAGCAUUCGUUGAGAAUGGCGCCAAAGUCUUCAUUGCCAGUAGAAAGAUGUCGAACCUGACAGCAACUGCAGACGCUCUGAACGCCAUCGUGCCGAACUCCUGCCAAGCCAUCUCCGGCGACGUUUCCUCCAAAUCCGGCUGUGAUGCUCUCGCUGUAGAGCUCAAAAAGCAAACAGAUCGGCUUGAUAUUCUUGUCAACAACUCUGGCUUUGCAUAUGGAGGUGUUGGCAUUGACAACGUCCCCGAGCAGGGUUGGGACAGGACAUUCUACUUGAACGUCAAAGCCCUCUUCUAUCUGACUGUCGCUUUGCUUCCACUUCUAGAAAAGGGAAAGACGGACACGAACACGGCAAGCGUGAUUAACAUCAGCAGCGUCUACAGCUUUUUCCCAAGCGCAUUCCAGCCCACUGUUCCCGGAGGCGGAGCGACAUGGAGCUAUGGGCCGUCCAAAGCGGCAGCAGCUCAACUUACAAAAAUGAUGGCAGCAUCAUUGAUGAAACGACACGUCACCGUCAAUGCGAUCCUACCUGGUUACGUCGCUACGCCGAUGACCAAGCAUGCGCCGGGCGAUAUUCUGAGCAAGGCGCAUCCAUCAGGUCGUAUGUCCUCCGCAGUCGAUAUGGCUGGCAUCGCCGUGUUGUACGCUUCGCCAGCCGGUGCGCACAUCACCGGCACCCUUACUGUCGUUGACGGAGGUAUGACCCUUCAGCAGCCAGAUGCAGCCGGAAAGGAUGUGGGGGAUUCCUUCAGACCGAAAAGGGAUGCGAAUGGAACUCCAAAGCUGUAAACCACUCAAAAGGAUAUUACAGAUCCGUCACGCAGCCAUGGCUCGCGUCCGAGACCACUUUUGUGUACUU